UAAUAUUUCAGUCUUUCAUCAUCUACUCUGGCAUCAGUUUCCAAUAACCCCAUCACAAAAACACACUCUCUCUCUUAUACACUAUAUAAUUACACCUCCAUUCAUUCUUCUCCACAAAACUCUGUUUCUAUUUCCCUCAUGGAGUUUAACAAACCUCUAUGCCUUUUCUUUUUUCUCUUUACUCUUCUCUCAAGCUCUCAAGCCUACAAAUUCUACGUUGGUGGAAGCAAUGGUUGGGUUCCAAACCCUUCCGAGAGUUACAAUCAAUGGGCUGGAAGGAACAGGUUCCAAGUCAAUGACACUCUAGUUUUCAAGUACAAGAAAGGUUCAGACUCAGUGUUGGAAGUCAACAAGGAGGGUUAUGACAAGUGCAACAAAACGAACCCAAUCAAGAAGUUCGAAGAGGGUGACACAGAGUUCAUGUUUGAUCGAUCAGGACCAUUCUAUUUCAUCAGUGGAAAAGAUGGGAACUGUGAAAAGGGUCAAAAGUUGAACCUUGUGGUUUUGACACCAAGAGGACAAAAACAAACACCACCGUCACCACCACCAAAAUCUUCACCUUCACAUUCACCAUCGCCAUCACCUAGUGGUGGUGGCAUAGCACCAGUUUCACCAUCGCCAAAGCCAAUUCCGCCAUCUGGGUCUCCGCCGGCGUCGCCACCCACCUCGCCGUCUCCCUCUGUUUCACCAUCACCGGCGGUAAAACCUCCGUCUGCGUCUCCGGCGCCGGGAGCUAAAUCACCAUCUCCGUCUCCGAUGGGUGCCCCUGUACCGGCAGGUGGACCUUCGGUCUCACCCCCGGCUCCGGCGCCUAAAUCACCAUCCCCGUCUCCGGCGGGUGCACCUGGACCGGCCGGUGUACCUCCGGCUCCAUCUCCGGCGACGGGGACUACACCUCCAUCGCCGUCUCCUUCAGGUUCUGGUCCUGCCACAUCGCCACCACCGUCCCCUUCCGGUACACCUCCGUCGGCGUCCCCAUCAUCGCCGACGUCGGCGACGCCGGGAUCAUCACCGCCGUCGUCCAAUGAAACGGCGCCGGCACCCGGAAAAAGUGGAUCAUCUGCAUGGGUUGUGGGUCGUCCUUCAAGCUUUUUGGUGUAUUCGGUAGCCAUUGUUGUCGGUGCUGCGUUGUUGCGUUAAAGCCACCGUUUUGGAUUGAAUUGAAGCUCAUACAAAUUAGUCACAAGUUUUCUGUAUGAAUGUUCCAGUAGGACCAUCUUGGGGCAAUUACUUUUGGGUUUCAAUCACUCUUAUUUUCAUUUGGACAUGAUUUAUUAGCAUGGUUUUGGUUUUUUUUUAUUUUUAUUUUGGUAUUGUCAUUGGUAUUCAACUUUUGAUAUGAUUUAUUGUAGCAUUGUAUUGUGUUAUUAUAUUUUUAGUUGUUACUUUA